CUAGAACUAGACAAUCUCCAUGUGAUAUUAACGUGUCGUAAAUUGGAGAAAGUGUAUAUAUCAGCAUCGUUAGACGGACUUAUACUAUACGUCGGACAGGAUCAGCAAGAUUAUUUUGCCC